AUGGAAAAUUCAGACGGUAACGCAUGGGUGUUUGAUUCUCUUGUAGGAUUUCUCCAUGGUCCCGUGUGGAAUGUACCACUGCAGACUUUUAUAGAAGAAAAGUCUUUACCUUUUGAGCCGACUGAUCAUGGCGAAGUUCUCGAUAGACCAGAGUAUAAGAAGAUACAUGACGAGUACCGCAAUUUAGUGGACGUGAUGUUAGGCUCGUUCAUGGACGAUAUCGGCAUCACGGCUGAUCAGUUCGAAGCGGCGUGCAAGCUGUCAGCGCGGGAUUUAGCCGGGCUACCGGCACAUUUCCAUCGACGUCUUUUUGAACAAAUAUGGGCCGCCAAUGAUUACGAAAUGUUUGUUAAGAUGAUGACCCACAAGAAUGUGGAAUUGCAGCUACAGGCUCUAGAAUUAAUUGAAAGGAGGUAUGGAGCAAUGCCCCAUUUGUUUUCUGCAGAACCAGAUGUCUCAUUGUUAGACUCAUCAAGGAGUGAUGAAAGCGAGGAAUGGCCAGAUAAUGACGAUGUCAUGACUGAAAUAAAGAAAUUACAAUUGGAAGAUUUUGAAGGUAAAGAUGAGGUUGUUAACGUCCCGCCCGAAGAAGUGGUAGCCGAGAAGCAAACUUUGUUAUCCAAACUCCACAGCUUUGAAAAAAAGGACGAACAUGUCGAGAAAAAAGAUCACAUUGUGGCUGCAGAAAAAAAGAUUCAAGUUAUGGAACCACCGAAAACACGUCCUAAAAAAGUUGAGGUGACUGAGGAAGAAAUGAGAGCUCGUCAGGAAUAUUUGAAACAACAGCGCGAUAAGUUGUUAGCAUUGAAGAAGCAAGUCCGCGAGCGACGACUUGGUGCAGCAGAUGGCGCAGAAACAGGAGGUGGCGAGGGGUCUCAAAGCAGCAUUGCCAGACCCCGGUCAGCUCGUGUGGCUCAAGCAGCACUGGCAGGUGUAACUCCGCCGCCUCCUCCAGACGCCAUGCAGCUGCGAAGGGCACUUGCCUCCAAGUUAAAGACUGAAGUGGUUGAUAUUUCUAAUUAA